GCCACCCAGCCUUUUGUUUGUUUUCCUGCCGGAGGCUGGAAAACGGCCGGGUUCCUGCCGCACUACCAUGCGCCGUGCGGCCCGUGCGAGUCGCCGCGCCUCCCGGGCGUCCCGGUACCGAGCCCUCGGCCUGUCCUAGCAGGGGUCGUCCCCGUUUCCAGUCCCGAGCCCGCGGCUGCGCCCGGCUCGCCGAGGAGCUGCGCUCACCGCAGGGGCGGGCCCCCGCCUGUGUUCGCGGCGCCAGCAGAAGACUGAUCUUUGAAAAUAUGUAUUUGGGAGAUAGCCACGUUCUGUUGAAUACCUUGUGCUGGUGCUGCCAUCGAAAAAUCUGGUUACACUCCGGGGAGGCCUGCUACCGCUGCAGGGCUGAGCCACCUCGGCCGUGAGAUGAGUGUCCACCCUGAGCGGGCACACCAUGAAUAGAUACACGACGAUCAAGCAGCUCGGCGAUGGGACCUACGGUUCCGUCCUGCUGGGAAGAAGCAUUGAGUCUGGGGAACUGAUCGCUAUUAAAAAAAUGAAAAGAAAGUUUUAUUCCUGGGAGGAAUGCAUGAACCUUCGGGAGGUUAAGUCUUUAAAGAAGCUCAACCAUGCCAAUGUAGUCAAAUUAAAAGAAGUUAUCAGGGAAAAUGAUCAUCUUUAUUUUAUCUUCGAGUACAUGAAGGAAAAUCUUUACCAGCUCAUUAAAGAAAGAAAUAAGUUGUUUCCCGAGUCUGCUGUAAGGAAUAUCAUGUAUCAGAUAUUGCAAGGACUUGCAUUUAUCCACAAACACGGCUUCUUCCAUCGGGACUUAAAGCCUGAGAACCUCCUCUGUAUGGGACCAGAACUUGUGAAAAUUGCAGACUUUGGAUUGGCCCGAGAAAUCCGAUCAAGACCUCCAUACACAGACUAUGUAUCUACCAGAUGGUACAGGGCUCCGGAAGUGCUCCUGAGGUCCACCAACUACAGCUCCCCCAUUGACGUCUGGGCCGUGGGCUGCAUCAUGGCAGAAGUCUACACCCUCAGGCCGCUCUUCCCUGGGGCCAGUGAAAUUGACACGAUAUUCAAAAUUUGCCAAGUGUUGGGGACACCAAAAAAGACCGACUGGCCUGAAGGCUACCAACUGUCAAGUGCUAUGAACUUCCGCUGGCCCCAGUGCGUACCCAAUAACUUAAAGACCUUGAUUCCCAACGCUAGCAGUGAAGCCAUUCAGCUCCUGAGGGACAUGCUGCAGUGGGAUCCCAAGAAACGACCAACAGCUAGUCAGGCGCUUCGAUAUCCUUACUUCCAGGUUGGCCACCCACUGGGUAGCACCACACAGAGCCUUCAGGAUCCAGGAAAAACACACAGAGAUGUCCUGGAAAAGGCAGGCCCACCUCCUCAUAUUAAGCCAGCCCCUCCUGCCCAGCCCCCGCCCAAGCCACACCUGCGGAUUUCUGCACGACAGCAUCAAACCAGCCAGCCCCCUCAGCAUCUCCUGUGCCCCUACAAAGCAGAGGCCUCCAGGACAGAUCCCCCGAGCCAGCCCCAGGAGGACAAGCCCAGCCCGCUGCUUUUCCCGUCCGUCCACAACAAGAACCCUCAGCCGAAGAUCCUCACUGGCCUAGAGCACAAAAAUGGUGAGAUCAAGCCAAAGAGCAGGAGAAGGUGGGGUCUAAUUUCCAGGUCAUCAAAGGAUUCUGAGGAUUGGGCUGACCUGGAGGACUUUGAUUUCAGUCCAUCCCUCACCAGGAUUGACCUGAAAAACAAGAAGAGACAGAGCGAUGACACUCUCUGCAGAUUUGAGAGCGUUUUGGACCUGAAGCCCUCUGAGCCCGUGGGCACAGGAAAUAGCGCCCCGACCCAGACUUCACAUCAGCGGCGGGACACGCCAACCCUGAGGUCCGCAGCCAAGCAGCACUACUUGAAGCACUCCCGAUACUUGCCUGGAAUAAAUAUAAGAAAUGGAAUACUCUCGAACUCAGGCAAGGACUUUACUCCACCUAAUCCAUGGUCUAGUUCUGGUUUGUCUGGAAAAUCUUCAGGGACAGUAUCAGUAAUCAGCAAAAUAAAUUCAGUUGGUUCCGGCUCUACAAGUUCUAGUGGACUGACUGGAAACUAUAUCCCUUCCUUUCUGAAAAAAGAAAUUGGUUCUGCUAUGCAGAGGGUACACCUGGCACCUAUUCCAAAUCCUUCCCCUGGUUAUUCUUCCCUGAAGGCCAUGAGACCUCAUCCCGGGCGACCUUUCUUCCACACCCAGCCUAGAAGCACUCCUGGGUUGAUACCACGGCCUUCAGCCGCCCAGCCAGUGCACGGCCGGACAGACUGGGCUUCCAAGUACGUGUCUCGGCGAUGAGUGACAUCUUGGCAAUGAAGCCCUUCACAGGGAGCUGCAGGACACUUUCCCGCAGCCCACUGGUGUUUUACCUGCAAGAAAUGUGCAGAGGGUAUAAAAGCAAACCAAUGCUUUAUAGUUAUUCUUCUGAACUAAGACAUUUCAAUAUUUUUUUUAAAGUUUUUUUUUAAAUAUUGUUUUGAAUGCAAUACCCUUUUUUUGUAUAAAAUUAUUUUAUUCUAAAACUGGGUCCCAUUAUUUUCUUAAGCAACCGCAUUUUGUAUAUAUGGGUUAUGUUUUAGCAUUUUAUACAGUCAACUUUGUAAUGGACUUUUUAAAGAUUAAUUGAUUUUCCUUUGGGGUUCCAGAUAAUAUUUUAUACAGAUUUUGAAAAAUGUAAUAAUAUUAAUGCAGUAUUGCAACAAGGGUGCAAUUGAAGGCUGUGCGAUACAGAGAGUUAUUUACUCCGUGUGUGGAUAUUUGUAAAGUGGUUAAAUUUUAAAUGUGGCUCAUUAGGUACGUCCUUCAGGCUUUCUUGGACUGAUGUUAGAACAGUGAUCCUCUACUUUUCUUAAUAUCAUGUCAAAGGUUUGAUUUUUUUGAUACCACUGUGGUGUUCUAAAAGUACUAUUAUGUAACUUUGUUUUAUUUUUGCUCCCCAGACGAAAGAACUCUAAGCAAAUAUUUUUUGAAAUUUUUACCACACCCUUAAAUGUGGUUGUAGAUAUCAAAUGAAACCAAACUUAAUCAUGCUAUGCCACCACAUUCUAUUUUCUCCCAUUUUUGAAAUCAAAUUGUGUAAGUACCCAUAAAAGGAGAGACUUUCACAUCAAAAGGUUCUCAACAGUUCUCAACAUAAAAGUUAACACAGUCAAUGAAACUUCUAUGCCCGCCAAGACACAUGACCAAAAAACCAAGCAACAGAAGGUUUUCGAUUAUAAUAACUGAAAUGGAAUUUUAUAUUCAGUUCAGUUUCUCAGGCCUGGCUAGAACAGCCAGUGACUAACCUUCUGUCCCAGCCAAAUUCUCAGGACAAUUUGGGGAGCAGAGAAGAGUUAUGGCAGAGAUUCCACUUACAUAGGAAGCCACGGUUGCCUGAUGUUAGUGUCCGUAGCAUGCCACAUUUGAACUCCUAACCCUGGUGUAGCUUCUUUCAAGAGUGAGAACUCUAUUUGUUGGACAGAGGCUGUUCCAUUGAGAGGAAUGUUUACAGCAAUUUUGAAAAUGACAAAGCUAGUUUGGAGACUGAAAAAGAAAAAAGGUCCACUCUCAUCCAUCUCUGUAUGACACUUUUGCCCCUACCGGGAAGGUCACCAUCCGUGAACACAGUGUGAUCUCAACAGUGUAUUGACUCAUUCUCCCAGAGCUCAAAGUACUCCCUCUUGGUUCCAGGUUCCAGGAGGCAGCAAGUUGAACCUUAUGAAAUGAUCAUUUUUGUAGGUUAAAGUGGUGGGUUAAAUGGAUAUAGGCACUUUCACAUGGUUCAAUUUAAUAAGUUGGUAAAUGAUUGCUUGUAUUAAUAAUAUGUUGUAGCCUGAAUAAAUUACUGUGGUUUCCAAGGGGUCCUAACCUAAAAUCAGGGAGUAAUGUAUGUUUUGGAGAUUCUGACUCAAAUAUAUACUUGACCAAGCACUAUGAUCCCUCGGGGCGUGAGAUAAGCACAGGAUGGAUGUGGAUUUGAUAGGUCAUAUUUUCCUGUUACCAAGCUGGCGGCAAAGCUUCAGAAAAUAUGUAUGCAAGCACAACUUGAGGCUGAAUUCAAUUCUGUAUUAUAUUCUCAAUUCAUUACCUAAAGCAGCAGAAAAUGUGUUUUCAGAGAUGAGUCCUUUACUAUGAGGUUACUAUUUAUUUUCCUUUUGUGUAUUAUAUAUAAAAAGUAAAUUAAUCUUUAACCUUGCCAGAAAGCUGGUUUUAAAUUGUAAAUAUCCCUUAGAAAAGCAAAUACAUCAUUUAAUAUCAUAUUCUUGGUACUCUAGCUUAUGUUAAGGUCAUUACAUUUUUUCUAAUGAAAAAGCUAGUUACCUGGUUAUUACACAUUGUAAAACUGUUUUUCUAAUACUUUCCUAGGGCUCAACUUAAGAAAAUACUUUACUUUCUUCUUCCUUUUACUCUUUCCUUUGUUUACCAGAAAACAACUUCCCCUGGGAAGCCAAACAUGUUUAUUCAUAUGAAAAUCAAGUAGCUGAUGUGUAGUUGAGAAAACUAGAAAGACUGAAAAAAACAGCCUAAAUUCUAAAGAACUAGCAAAAUCCUAUGAAGUACUUUUCCCUCCUGGAAUGGGUAAAGGACAAAUUGUGUGUACAAGCUAUGUACUAUUGAAGGGAAUGGUGACUAUUUUUUAAAUGAAAAUAAAAUUAUAGAAUUGUUAUUAUAGAAUUACAAAAUGUAACAUAAGACACCAACCGGAAUGAUAAGUGUAACUGUUAUCUAUCCAUGACCAUACUUCAUUUACAGGCAGAAAGCUUUUUGGGGCAUCAGGAAAUGGUACAGGGUUGGUUCUCAUUCCAUGCCCAAAGGUUCAGUGACCCUGGUGUGCCUCAGCCAGGGCAAGCACAGCAGGACAACUGCAUUUGCGUAAAAGCUACUCUGGGCACGAUUGUUCAUUUUAUAAAAUUCCAUUAAUUACCAAGCCCUCAUCCAGCUCAUGUAUGAUAGGAUUUAUGAAGGAAGAAAAUUGAUUUUCAAACAAUUUUUUAGACACAUUUCUUGCUUUAGAGGACUAUAUACAUCUAAUAAAGUGACUCUGUGUCAUCUUCUGGAGUUAUCAAACAUUGAAUACAAUCAAGGCAACAUAAGAUAAGAAUUUUUUUGUUAAAAAGUGCAAAUACAGGUACUGUCGGAGUUAAUGGGCACCAUGUUUUCUCAUGAAGUAGCUUUUCCCUACCAUCAAGCCAUUGUUUUGUGCCAUUUAGGAGAGGGGAAAAGGGAAUUUAGGCGCUCCAUCUCAACUCAGUGUGUGACCAAAAGCAAUAUGUUUAUAAGAAAAUGUUUGACAUACUAAUUAUGUCAUUUUAAGCAUACUGUUGCAAUGUGUUUGUUUAAUGUAUGUGGUUUCUUUUUAGAAUUAUUUUUGCAGUUUCCAACCAAAUGUACUGUACUUUCAUAUAAUUUAUUGUGAGGACCUUCUCAUGGAAACCAUUAAGAAGACAAACUGGAGGCAAAUAUCACAUUAAUCUGUAUUAUCAGGUUCUUACAGACACUGUGCUAAUGUGAAUUUAAAAUGACCUGAACAAAGUCUUUCUGAUCUCAGAUAUCUCAACACAGAUAGCAGUUUAGUCACCUGAUUGGAUUACAAUGGAGUAACUGAUGAUAUAUUUAUUUAUAAAGCAGAUAUUCAUAAUGAUAAGAUAGGAGGACAGAAAACCACUUAAGCAAGACCCUUCUGAAAUAAAAUGUUGCUUUUUGAAUAGUUUGUCCUAAGUUGUUUAAAAACGUUAACUUUAUGUAAGGAAAAUUCUCCUGCUCCGAAUAAAGUUGCAGUUUAAGAAAAGUUGA